AACUGACAGCGUUCUAACUUGCCCCAAGCCCUCCUGGGACUGCGAGCUGUGGCGUGGCGUGGUGCGCCGGCCGCCACGUUGUCCUCCUCCGCGGGCGCUCUCCCGCGUCUUCCCUGCGACCCGACUUCUGGCCGUAGGAGUCCGGCCGCUGGGCCAGAGCCGAGAACAGGCCUGGUGCUCCGGAGGGAAGCACGUGCUCGAGCAGUUGUCGCGGCUCCAGGGCCUCCCGUCGUCGCGGCGCAGCGCUCAUCCCCUGGGCAGCCGCCUCGCGGGGCCGUGAGGGCCCCUCGCGACCCGCCAGAUAUGAAGAAAACCCAGCAGAAUGAGAUUGAAACCAUUCUGCGGGAGAGGAUCAUGGUGCUAGAUGGAGGGAUGGGGACCAUGAUCCAGCGGCACCGGCUAAGUGAAGAAGACUUUCGAGGUGAAGAAUUUAAAGAUCACACCAGGCCACUGAAAGGCAACAAUGACAUUUUAAGUAUAACACAACCUGAUGUAAUUUACCAAGUCCAUAAGGAUUACUUGCUGGCUGGAGCAGAUAUCAUUGAAACAAAUACAUUUAGUAGCACUAGUAUUGCUCAAGCUGACUAUGGCCUUGAACACUUGGUCUACAUGAUGAACAGGUGCUCUGCGGAAGUGGCCAGAAAAGCAGCUGAAGAGAUAACAUUCCAGACAGGAAUUAAGAGGUUUGUGGCAGGAGCUCUGGGUCCAACUAAUAAGACACUCUCCGUGUCCCCAUCUGUGGAAAGACCAGAUUUUAGGAACAUCACAUAUGAUGAGCUCGUUGAAGCAUACAAAGAGCAGGCCAAAGGACUUCUGGAUGGUGGGGUUGAUAUCUUACUUGUUGAAACUGUUUUUGAUACUGCCAACGCCAAGGCAGCUUUGUUUGCCCUCCAAAACCUUUUUGAAGAGGAGUAUGUACCCCGGCCUAUCUUUAUUUCAGGGACCAUUGUUGAUAAAAGUGGGCGGACUCUUUCUGGACAGACAGGAGAAGCAUUUGUCAUCAGUGUGUCUCAUGCAGACCCACUCUGUAUUGGAUUAAAUUGUGCUCUGGGUGCAGCUGAAAUGAGGCCUUUCAUUGAAACAAUUGGAAAAUGUACAACAGCCUAUGUCCUCUGUUAUCCCAAUGCAGGUCUUCCCAAUACCUUCGGUGACUAUGAUGAAACGCCGCACAUGAUGGCCAUGCAUCUCAAGGACUUUGCUAUGGAUGGCUUGGUCAAUGUUGUUGGUGGAUGCUGUGGUACAACACCAGAUCAUAUCAGGGAGAUUGCUGAAGCUGUGAAAGACUAUAAACCUAGGCUUCCGCAUGCCGCUGUUUUUGAAGGGCAUAUGUUACUAGCUGGUCUCGAGCCAUUCAGGAUUGGACCAUACACCAACUUUGUUAACAUUGGCGAGCGCUGUAACGUGGCAGGAUCCAGGAAGUUUGCUAAACUCAUCAUGGCAGGAAACUAUGAAGAAGCACUAAGUGUUGCCAAAGUGCAAGUGGAAAUGGGAGCGCAAGUGUUGGAUAUCAAUAUGGAUGAUGGCAUGCUAGAUGGUCCAAGUGCAAUGACCAAAUUUUGUAAUUUCAUUGCUUCUGAGCCUGACAUCGCCAAGGUGCCCUUGUGCAUUGACUCUUCCAAUUUCGCUGUGAUUGAAGCCGGGUUAAAGUGCUGCCAAGGGAAGUGCAUUGUCAAUAGCAUUAGUCUGAAGGAGGGAGAGGAUGACUUUUUGGAGAAAGCCAGAAAAAUUAAGAAGUUUGGAGCUGCUGUGGUGGUCAUGGCUUUUGAUGAAGAUGGACAGGCGACAGAAACAGAUACCAAAAUCAGAGUGUGCACCCGGGCCUACCAUCUACUUGUGAAAAAAGUGGGCUUUAAUCCAAAUGACAUCAUUUUUGACCCUAAUAUUCUCACCAUUGGAACUGGGAUGGAAGAGCACAGCCUGUAUGCUGCUAAUUUUAUCCAUGCAACAAAAGUCAUUAAAGAAACGUUACCUGGAGCCAAAAUAAGUGGAGGUCUUUCUAACUUGUCCUUCUCCUUCCGAGGAAUGGAAGCCAUUCGAGAAGCAAUGCAUGGAGUUUUUCUUUACCAUGCAAUCAAGUUUGGUAUGGACAUGGGGAUAGUGAAUGCUGGGAACCUCCCUGUAUAUGAUGAUAUCCAUAAGGAACUCCUUCAGCUCUGUGAAGACCUCAUCUGGAAUAAAGACCCAGAGGCCACUGAGAAGCUCUUACGUUACGCUCAGACUCAUGGCAAAGGAGGGAAGAAAGUCAUCCAGACUGAUGAAUGGAGGAAUGGCCCUGUUGAAGAACGUCUUGAGUAUGCCCUCGUAAAGGGCAUUGAAAAGCAUAUUAUUGAGGAUACUGAGGAAGCCCGGUUAAAUCGUGAAAAAUAUCCCCGACCUCUUAAUAUCAUUGAAGGGCCUUUGAUGAAUGGUAUGAAGAUUGUUGGUGAUCUUUUUGGAGCUGGAAAAAUGUUUCUUCCUCAGGUUAUAAAAUCAGCUCGGGUCAUGAAAAGGGCUGUUGGCCACCUUAUUCCCUUCAUGGAAAAAGAAAGAGAAGAAAGCAAAGUACUUACUGGAACAGUAGAAGAAGAGGACCCUUAUCAAGGCACUAUUGUGUUGGCUACCGUUAAGGGUGAUGUGCAUGACAUAGGCAAGAACAUAGUUGGAGUAGUCCUGGGCUGCAAUAAUUUCAGGUAAGACCCACCUCUUUCAACCCCUUUCUUAUUAGAAAAUAAAAGCAUUAGUAGGACAGUUCUUUGCCUGGGGAGAGGAGGGUGGGAGAAGGUAGUGUAAUGCAGUGGGUGUUACAGGUUAUUUUAAAUUUCUUUUCCUUACUAUAUUUUUGA